AUGCAGAGAAACGAGUUUGACAUUGUUGAAAUUUCCAAGGAUAUAUUUGCUGAAAUAUUUCCGGGCGUGACAGAAGAAGACAUUGAAUACCCUAUACAUGUACCUGAGAAUAACUUCAUAUUAGUCAGGUUAUUAGGAGCUCCGGACUAUUUUGACAAGUUCCAAAUACUCAAAGUUGGCAGAGUUCUGUUUAAACUCACCAAAUCGAUUGUGUUCAUCAAUAGCUCCAAUAUGGCAAAAUUCAAUAGUGAUGAGUUAACAUUCAAUUUGGCUGCAGUCAAAUCUAUUGAUGUGGCUUCCAUUCCCAAAUUGUCACAAGUUUUUGUCUCUGUACCCAACGACAUCUAUCAUUUAUUGAAGGAUAAAACCCAACAAGCUAUAAAGCAAUUGUUUGUGUUUCAAUUUCUUGCGGGGAAUGGUAAUGUGGUGAAUGAAGGUGACGCGAUUCGUUUGAUUAAUGGGAGAGCCAAUCUAUGCGAGCCUGUAGCUCAGGGAAAGGUUGAUCUUGAUACAAACUUUGUUUUGAUUAACCAAAGUGAUGCUAGUAAGUCACUUGCUGAAAAUGGGUCUGAUGUUGCUAACGAAGUGGAUUCUGAAUUAGACUUGUCUAGUUACUUAUCAUCGGGUUUACAAUUCGACACCCAUACAAAACCAAGCAAGUCUACUAAGUUUUAUGUUCAGCCUUUAUUUGAGAAAAUGAACUUUGAACAUCCCCCGGAAGCUUGGCGUAAAGAAGAUAAAGAGCUCUUUGUAUUUAUCAACAACUCAGAUUUCACCAAGUUGGGAUUUCCUGUCUUCAAUGGCGACUUAGUCAAAAUCAACACAGAGAAGGAGUCUGUCAUUGUGAGGAUAUUUGGCUUCACUGAACCUCAAUUAUCGUUUGAAAUGGGAUACAUUUAUUUGUCGCCAAUACUAUUGAUCAAUUUACAGCUUGACGAAAACUCAGAAGUCACAGUUGAACUGGUGCAAGGUGAUUCGUUAAUUACACUUAUUCCUGUUGCAGAGUCAGCAACAAUUUCAAGGGUUAGCUCUCAAAUAACUAUGGAUAAGACCUACCAGCAAAGCUUCUUCUCCAGUUUAAAAACGAUUCUCAGUGAUCAGUUGAAAUGUGUCAAGGAAGGUGAUUACUUUCCAGUGGUUAUUGAUACUGUUUUGGCAAAAGUCAUGUUUGAUAAUGCAAACGACGAAAAUAACGAAGAAAACGGAGAACAAAAUUUGGAGGUGAUUCCAGUGGGGAAUCCAGAUGCAGUAGCAUGGUUUAAGGUCACUGACAUCAAAGGUACAAAUGAAGUGGGGACCAACCAAUUUCUCAUCAAUCCGACAAAGACUUUGCUUGUAUCUUCUGGGGUUGAGAGCUCGAGAUUGCCAGCAAACGAACAUGCCAAUUGGCAUCAGUAUCUCAACUUGCCACCAAUAUUCAAUUAUAGUAUAUCUAAUGAUUUCAAAUAUGCACAAGAAUUCAGAAAGAUUUUGAAAACAUGCUUAUCUUCUAAAAUUAACUUAAGGACAUCAAUACUUUUGACCUCAAUGAGUAGAGGAAUUGGGAAGACUACGUUGGUUCGUAGCACAUGUAUCGAUAUGGGGUUAAAUUUGAUUGAACUUGAUUGCUUUGACUUUAUCAAUCCUGGUCAGGAACUAAAAACAAUCGGAUUGCUCAAUGGUAAGAUUGAUAAGUUGAUAGCCAAUGUACCAAACCAAUCAGCUUUUCACGUCAUUUAUUUGAAGCACAUUGAAAACUUGGUGCCCAAAACAGAUGAAAACGAUCAAAAUUCUAGCAUUUUUGCAUCACUUGCAUUAAAGGUUAUUGAAGCUUUGACCGAAUAUCUGGAAAAAUACUCCAAUCUCGUUGUUGUUAUGAGUUGCAAUGAUUAUGACAAAUUAAAUGAUAAUUUAAAAUCAAUUUUGAAAUUCACUAUAGAAUUUACCGUGCCUACUGAAAAUGAACGUUUGGAGAUCUUCAAGUAUUUGAUUGCAAACGAAAAGUGUAAAACACCAUUGACUGAUCUCACAUCCUAUCCAUUUGAACCAAGAAAAGACAUUAAUUCGAAGACACUUGCAUUGCAAUCUGCUGGAUUAACACCACGAGAUUUAAUAUCAAUUAUCAAAAAAUCUAAAAAAUUGGCUAUAAAACGAUUGACAAAAUUAUCCAAGGAGCUUUGCAUUUCAGUUGAGAGCUUGAUCAAUAUAGGAAAUGGUGGGGUUAUAACCUGGAUACCCGAAGAUUUUGAGGCUGCCAUCAACGAAGCUCGAAACCAGUUUAGUGAUUCCAUUGGGGCUCCUCGUAUUCCAAAUGUCAAAUGGGAAGACAUUGGAGGAUUAGACUUGGUCAAGGAUGAGAUUUUGGAUACCAUUGAUAUGCCUUUGAAACACCCUGAAUUGUUUAACAAUGGACUUAAAAAAAGAAGUGGAAUAUUAUUUUACGGUCCACCUGGAACUGGUAAGACUUUGUUAGCAAAGGCUAUAGCUACGAACUUUUCUUUGAAUUUCUUUUCCGUCAAAGGUCCUGAAUUGUUAAAUAUGUACAUUGGUGAGUCUGAAGCUAAUGUACGUCGUGUUUUCCAAAGAGCAAGAGAUGCCAAACCAUGUGUUAUCUUCUUCGAUGAGUUGGAUUCAGUGGCGCCAAAAAGGGGUAACCAAGGUGACUCAGGGGGUGUUAUGGAUAGAAUUGUUUCUCAGUUGCUUGCAGAGUUGGAUGGUAUGAGUAGUGAAGGUGGUGAUGGAGUAUUUGUCGUCGGUGCUACAAAUAGACCUGACUUGCUAGAUGAAGCAUUGUUGAGACCUGGUAGAUUUGACAAGAUGUUGUAUCUUGGAAUAUCAGACACUGACGACAAACAAACCAAGAUUUUGGAAGCAUUAACAAGAAAAUUUCAAUUGGACGAUGUAGUCGACUUGAAAAAGAUCGCCGAGAAAUGUUCUUUCACAUAUACUGGUGCUGAUUUCUAUGCAUUGUGUUCUGACUCGAUGUUGAAUGCCAUGACAAGAGUUGCAGGUGAAGUUGAUGAGAAAAUCAAGGCAUACAACGCUGACAUGGUUGCCCAAAAUAAAAAUGAGGUCAACUCUAGAUGGUGGUUUGAUAAUGUUGCUACGAAAGAGGACACCACUGUAUUGGUGAAAAUGGAGGACUUUAUCAAAGCACAAAAUGAAUUGAAUCCAUCAGUUUCUGCUGAAGAGUUGCAGCAUUAUCUCAGAGUGAGAGAAAAUUUCGAAGGUGGCAAGGAAAAAGCUCAAGCAAAGCUUACAAAUGGUGAUGAAUUAACAAAUGGAUCAAUAAAGAUUGAGUAG